GUAUUUCAGAAAUAUAGCGACAUCAAGCGAAUAUGACGUUGAUUAUAAGAAAAAUUGCAUUUGUUAGCUUCUUAGCUUUGAUAUUGUGUGAAACGAUAUAUGGUUCAGCAAUCCCACAAUCUGUGUUGGAGAUUUCCACAGAAGAGUCAACUCAGUCAGAUAACUUACUCAGAAAACUAGUGCUGGAGCCUUCCAAAGAAGAGUCUACUGAUACCGAUACUACUGACAACUUUUCGAAAAAGCUAGCAUCAAGCAAAAGCUCUAAAUCGAAGGAAAAAGUUGACAAAAAGUACUACGUUUCCCCUGACAAGGCUAAUUGGUUCAAAGCAUUUCUUUAUUGCGUUUCUGCUGGAUUAGAACUGGCAACGGUGGAAAGCGAAGCUGAAACUGAUCUGUUGAACGAGGUUUUGGAUAAAGACGAUAUAAAAGAGGGAUGGAAAGAAGGAUAUUGGUUGUCGGGAAACAGUUUAGCGUAUCCUGAAACGCUGGAAUUUUACUGGGCCUCUACCGGUCAGAAAAUCAUAUACACAAAUUGGGGAAAGGACCAGCCCGACAACGCCGGCAAAAAAGAGUUCUGUAUUGGCGUUGGCCUGGUUGGCAAGAAACCCGCCUGGAAUGACUAUGCCCCCGAAACUGAACUGAAGUAUAUAUGUCAAUCUCCACGUCCCUGCUGUUAGUAAACGCCUUGUAGAUAUUACUACAAAACUUUUACAGUUAUCCUAUAUAUAAUUAAAAUGAGUUUGCUUAUUUUCAUAAAAGAAUAUGAGAUUAAUUUUUAAUUUGU